GCCCUCAAUCGUCUGCACCCUCUAAACCCUACCACCGCUAAAGCCUCGGAGGAAACAACUGCUGAUCGAUCUCAAUGGCGACGGCUUGUUAAUUUCCGCCGCCACAUCAUCAUCAUAGUCAAGUUCUUAUCUAAUUUUAAGUUUGAAUCAGCUAUGGUGGAUCCAUGGUGGUCAGUAUUAGGAGCAGCAAUACCAGCAAUUAUUGCAGCGCAAGCGUUGAGGAUUAAGAAAAAAAGAGGUGAAGAGCAAAGGCUAAAGAGUGUAAGAGGACGCGAAAAGAGCUCUGAUGAAAUUUUUGUAUGUGAAAGAGUAUGCACUUCAAAAAGAAUGUUAAAAAAGGUUGGUGCUUUAUCAAAAGACCCAACUGUUGAUUCUUGUGUUACUGUUUGUGGUGCUUCCGAGCUUGAUGCCUGUGUUGAUGCCUGUGCAAGAACUGUUUGUGUUAAUCAACAUCAAGUUCCCAAUUGGAAUGAUGUGUGUUUAAGGAGGUGUCAAAGUGAAUGCCUUAGGCUAUCUAAUUCCUCACUUGCUUCUUAAUAAGUGUUAAGUUUGCAAUUUUCUUAGCUUUAAUGUACAAGAAAUUUAUGUAAUUUAGAUUUCUUUUUUAUCGUUUGGUGUUCAAUAUGAUUGAUUUACGUAUCCAAACAUUUUUCAUUGCAUUUUGGA